AUGCCUCCUGCCAAAGGCCCGGAGUCCCCCCGGCGGAACCCAACCGUGCUCGUCACUGAUUCUCGCGACCAGCAGCAGCAGCGCGCAUCUCGCCGCCCCCAGCCAGCUACCCGUCUGAUCACUGUUGACAAUGUCCUUCAGUAUGCCUCCGACGUGCCUUCCAUGCAGCAGCGGCGACCUCCGCAACAACGACCUCAGAUGCGGCCUCGCUCGCGCCUCUCUUCCUCCAGCGGCAUUAUCGGCAACCCGUCUGGUGUUUCAGCUGGAGCGGUGGGAACAGCAGGAAGAUUGGCUGCGCAGGCUCGUCUGCCCCCACGGACCACCAAAGUCACGGAGAAGCUGGUCUUGCUGCCAGAGACUGAAGCGGAAGGGGUGAGAGAAGAGGAAGAGGAAUUGUUGGAGGAGGAGCAGGUUGAUGAAGAACUUGUCCAGAGACUGGCAGAGGAGCGGAAUGAGGAUCCCGAGACGCUGAGACGACAAUUGGCGGCGCAACAGAAACUUCGUGGCGACUUUGGUGUUGAUAAUGACGUUGCGCCCCUGCUCGCCGAGGAGGAAGCCUUGCGUCGUCGUCGUAUGCCGCCGGAGAAGGCUAAGAGCUACGCGGAACGACUUCCCAAAGCCCGUCGCGCAGAGAAGCUCGCUCGCGUCACGGCGUACUGCACGGCGCAAGCAUACAAGAUGGGGGCAACGACUUCGUUCCUCAAGGAGUGGCAUAGCGCGCGAACAAAGCUUUACGAUGACUGUCUCUACGUGGCCUACCAACUACCUCUUCUUCCCGGGCGCGGGGGGUACAGGGUUCGGAGUAGUCCUGUGCUGAAGGGCGCCGGUGGAAGGGUUGUGCUAGAUGAGGAAAUAGAGCGGAAUGAGCGGAGAGACUAUCAUGAAGAGGACUUUGGAGAAGCGGACGAGCACUCAGUCGGUGGCAGUCGCCACGGUCAAGUGGGAGAGGGCGAAGACAGGGGAGACCGAAAUGACAGCAUGGCCGACCCUGGCAGGCAAAGUGAACAUCAAGAAGGCGAAAGGGUGGAAAAUGAAGGCGAAAGGGCCGCCAGCAACGAAGCAGAUCAAUCACCUAAGCCAAAGCCCGUCAAGCGGGUUAUCCCCGCCAGCGUAUUCAAUAUCGCCGAGAUGUUCGUCUUCAGCUACGGGGUAGUGGUGUUUUGGAAUUUCACGGAGCGGCAGGAGAAGGACAUCCUGGCAGAUCUGACCUUCUCUUCUUCCGGCACGACGGGUCCGCCCAUCUCCCUGGCGACGAUGCCGUUGCCGGAGGAGGACUUCGAGACGGAAGAGUUUCAUUUCGAGUACUCGACGGAGAUUUCACGGCCACGUGUGUACAACGAUAUGAUUACGCUGCGCAGUGGUGACCAUAUGAUCAAGCUGGCCAUCAGCCACGGCAUCGCACAGAGCACGAAGCUCUGCUUCUUUGAAGAAGCCAUGGCGAAGGAGAUGGCCGCGGCCAAGGACGUCCCACGGAGGCUAGCAGUGACGGGGAAGCUAGGCAUGAAGCGCGACGAAGUGUUCCGAAUCCUGGGCCGGCUGUUUAAGAGUCGGGUGGAGGUCAACUUGUCAUCCAACAUGCUCGACGUGCCCAACUUCUUCUGGGAGAGCGAACCGACCCUGUACCCGCUUUAUAUUGCCGUCCGCGAGUACCUCGAAAUCAAGCCUCGCAUCCAAGUGCUCAACGAGCGGUGCCGCGUCUUCCUCGACCUUACAGAAAUCCUAUCCGACUCGAUUGCCGACAACACCAUGUCUCAUCAAACUUGGAUCAUCAUCAUGCUCAUCCUCAUCUCCAUCUUCGUCACCACCUCCGAAGUCAUCCUCCGCUUUGGACUCCUCUCCAGCAUCCACGCCGCGAACCCAACGACCACGACAUCCUUUGGCGCCAAACUUGUGGCCAACAUCUUUGGUCGAUCUACGUCUGCUGCUGCUACUGCUGCUUCGUCAUCAUCCUGCGUGUGCCCAACGAUGUUUCCCGAUCCAACAACCACUGCAGCUCUUAACGCGAGUAGUAGUAGCAGCAGCAGCGGUAUAGGAGGGGCACUCUCUAUGAUGGAAAACAGAGAGAAACGAGCGGCAAGGAAAGGUCUUCUUUCUUAUUUUCUUUGA